GAGGCGGCGUUGUGAGCUGGGGUUUGGGGAGGAUCUGGCUUUCCUUAGGUUGAGGGGCCAUGGGAAGGCGUACGGCCAUGGGAAGGGUACAGUGUGCGUAGGUCAGGGAGCAGUGAUCUCCUUGUGACCCUUGGCUGAGUGCUGAAAUGGCUAACGCUCAAUCCCUCGUGUCUGACUCGCGACGAAAGCUAGACAAGCUUCACCUCGGUGUUGCAAACGGGCUGGGACUCUCAAUUGGAGGCGAACCAAGUCCAUGCGGUUGUGUUUUGGGGGGGUCCACUGGUGGGUGAGGGGGUGUCCAUGGGCGGGACUUCCGGUCAGAUCCCCGCCGGGGGCGGGACUUCUUGUUUUCUUCCUAGAGUAGGGGCCUCGCUGGUCCGCGGGCGUGGUUCAGCCCCGGGCCGCAGCCUUCGGUGGUAGGAUCCCCCUGGGACGCCCCGCUCUGCGUCCCGUGCUGCAGCCGUUUCUUUCCCUAUCUCCCGUCACACCUGCCCUGGGAGGCCUGCACUUUCCCGCUGGAUAGCUCCCCCUUGCUGGUCUGCCCCUGCCUCUCACCUCAUAGGAGAUCACAGGCCUAGGAGGUCCGAGUAAGUCGCCCUCCUUUGAGCCGCCUUCAGAAGCCACUCAGCCUGUUUUCACACUGCUGCUGCUAGGAGCUGGGUCCUGCCAUCAUUUGCUCUCUCCUCAGAGAAUUGAGGACCCAGGCUAAUAGCAUACAGGUCGUGCCAUCUUUUGGACCAGUCACUUUUCUCGCCCUGAGUCUUAGCCUUAUGUUUCCAGCCUCCUUUCUCAGCUAGGAAGGGUGUGAGAUGAGAGUAGGAGUCGCUGGGUGCCUCCUAAAGCUUUGGUGGGACUUUGAAGUCCAAAGACAGCGUUAUCAAACCACUACAGCUCAUUUCUGCGGCUGUGGCAAGUGUCUGCAGCUUUCUCCUCAAUGGAAAGUUGGGAUGGGCAGUCUAGUGUCUUGAAGCAGGCAGGGUAGAGUUCAGGAUUGGCAAAGGGCUCUGGACAGACUGUCCUUGUCAGUGGCCAGUUCGGCUGGUGGGACAGUCAAGAUCUGGUCUUCCUGAGUUUGGAGCUUAAGUCCUGAAGAUGCAGUGACCACCGCUCUUCAUGCCAUAGGAAGUGAGAGGUCGCUUAGGAAUGGUUAUCGCAUUCUGGUCCAGUGUGUGAGCAGUUCCCACCUUGGGGGGUUGGGUGGAAGGUGGCAGGGUGGAGUCUUUUGAGUGUGCAGGACAGCUUGCAAGCUGCAACCGGAUUCCAGAUUCAGCUUCUCUUUACUCUGGUCCUGAUGCGCUUGAAUCCCUCCGAGGGUGAGGUGUGCACUACCUGUGUGUGUGGAAAGAGGCACCGUGGUCCAUGGUCCCACUACAGGAGCCAGGAGCUAGGCAGCGGUGCAGCUGUCAGCGGGCACUGAGGACCUGGAAAAGCCUGAGCAGCUUGCGCCCUCCUUCCCCCACAUUCAGCCAGAGCUCAGCCUUGUCCUAAGAGAGUGGCCCUGGAAGCCCAGUAGGGGGACUGGGGUGAUUCAGGGAGGGACUGUCUCCCUCCCCAGCUGAGUGUAAGGUUGGCAGUGACCUGAGGCCAGUGAGCUGAGUGUGCGGUUCAUCUGGUCCUGGAAACUCUGAAGGGCAGAGCUCCACAGCAGUGGAGGAGGACCGGCUGGACCAAAUGAAGGAUGGAGGCCUGGCAGGGGCCAGGGUGCUUUGCUGCAGAAACUGUGCAAGUCACCUGUGGUUUUCCUGGAGCCCGGUCUCUGUGACAGUUUGGCUCCAGCCUCUGAGUGCUGUGGUUUCAGGUGUAUGCCCCCCAUGCCUGGCUCAUGUUGUUAACACCCUACACACCGAGGACAAGGUGCACAUGAAAUCCAUGUAAGUCUUCAAAGACACAGGCUGGGUGUGUGCGCUGCACACCUCAAAUCCCAGCUACUCCGGUAGUGGAGGAAGGAGAGUCGCUAGGGCUGCGUGUUGGUCCUAGCUUACAAGCCAGACAGGCCUUAAUGUGGCUGAGUUGGUUCUUGCCAGCACUCAGGAAGUCUUGAGUUCAGUUCCCAGCCCCACAUAAACCAGGUGUGGUGGUGUGCAUGUGUAACCCCAGCACUCACGAGCUGGACACAUGGGGGUCAGGACUUAAAGGUUAUCUGUAGCCAUAUAGUGACAGGAAUACUUGAGACCCUGUUGCAAAAAAUAGGAAGACCCCAGGCUGAAAUAACCACCGACCAAUUUGGCUACAGCGCUCAUAGCCAACGCAGGUGAAGACUUCAGACUUUGGAGUGGCCCCUGUGUGGAGCUGGAAAUGAUGGUGGCUAGUACGGUUGGGGGCCGGGGGGAGCAGGAGCAGGUUUGGGAAAGGGGUGAAGCUCAGCUGAGAGGUGCAUGCCAUGGAAGGGGAGUCGCAUUGGGGCACUCGGCCCUCAGGAUGGGUAGUGAUGGCACAGCCUCAGUCCCUCUGUCCUGCUCUGGCCUACAGGGCGCGGAUGGCGUCUGGGCGGCCAGAGGAACUGUGGGAGGCCGUUGUGGGGGCCGCCGAGCGCUUCCGGGCCCGCACUGGCACAGAGCUGGUGUUGCUGACUGCAGCGCCACCACCGCCACCCCGCCCAGGGCCCUGUGCUUAUGCCGCCCAUGGCCGCGGGGCCCUGGCAGAGGCUGCACGCCGCUGCCUCCACGACAUCGCUCAGGCACACAGGGCUGCCACCGCCACCCGACCUGGUCCCCCACCAGCACCACAGCCGCCCAGCCCUGCUCCUAGCCCUCCGCCUCGGCCAGCCCUGGCCAGGGAGGAUGAUGAGGAAGAUGAAGACGAGCCCACUGAGACAGAGACUUCUGGGGAGCGGCUGGGCGGUAGCGAUAAUGGAGGACUCUUCAUGAUGGAUGAGGACGCCACUCUCCAAGACCUGCCCCCCUUCUGCGAGUCAGACCCGGAGAGCACAGAUGACGGCAGCCUGAGUGAGGAGACCCCCGCCGGUCCCCCAGCCUGCCCCAAGCCUCCGGCCGCAGCCCUGCCCACCCAGCAGUACGCCAAGUCCCUGCCUGUGUCGGUGCCAGUGUGGGCCUUCAAGGAGAAGAGGACAGAGGCGCGAUCUUCAGAUGAGGAAAACGGCCCGCCCUCCUCGCCCGACCUGGACCGGAUCGCCGCUAGUAUGCGGGCACUGGUGCUGCGGGAGGCCGAAGACACCCAGGUCUUCGGGGACCUGCCGCGGCCGCGACUCAACACCAGCGACUUCCAGAAGCUGAAGCGGAAAUACUGAGCGGGCAGCAUGCCCAGCGGGCUGAGGCCGGCGGAAGGCCACUGUCGCCUUUGGUCUGUGAGCCAUGAGCCUUCUCCGCCCAGCAACAGGACCAUUCUUUACGGGAUUGGCUCGCUCCGGUUUGGAGCGGGGCUAGUUCUAAAACGCUCAGUGGGUCAACUCCGUCUCUUGCCUAGCAACAGAAGCUUUACCCGCGCAUCCUUGGCUCGCUGCCCAAGCACGGAGCCCAUCUGCGGGACCAGGCGAUGGCUCCGCCCAUGUCCGGAGAGUCGCCCGUAAUCCUUCUUGAAUCCCCCAUCCGAUUGGCCCUGGCCUCCUGGGGGCGUGGCCAAGCCCUCCCGAACCCAGAAUUGGCCCGAGGCCUUGAGUUUGUUACACUACUAGGGCUGGGUUUUUUGUUUGUUUGUUUUGGCCCGAAUCCUGACACUUGUAUCCGGUACCCCACGGGAUGGUCCGGUCCCGCUCUGCGUCUAACGCCCCCAUAAGUUUCUCCCCACGACAGCCUGUCCAUCAAAGUCUGUCCUAUACCCAGGGCGGUACCAGUUUCCUGUGUCCCGUCCCCCCAACCCCCGACCCCAACAGGUGCCUUAAAGGGCCCUCUUCCACCCAAGGUAGGGGGCCUCACUCUCCGGCCCUGGCCCUGGCCCUGGGUGCGGGAGAGUGGGGUGGGGACCGGGGGUCGCGAGGGGCGCUCUGAAAUUAAAGUUUUACCUCUGGCUA